CCCGAGUCAGCCAGAGACGCCGCACAAUUCGAAGAGCGGACCGAUCACCAAAGAAGCGAAGCACAACACGCCGCAGCGCGCCCCACCUCUUCAACGCUCUAGAUCCACCUCCUCUCUGCAUCAAAACCAUGGCACCGAAGCACGUAGCCGACAUAUACGAAGGGGUGGACGUCCCCAUUAACCAACAGCUCUCAGAGCUCUCUACAGCACCCAAGAGCUCAACGCCAAAUGAAGCCACCUCCUCCUCUGCGCCUACCUCACCCGAGCGUCGUAGGAAGCGCCAACGCAGCUCGUCCGUCACCAACGACCGCGAAGCCUCGCCUAGGAAGAUGAAGAAGCGUCUACGUUGGUCUACCAUCACCAUCCACGAGUUCGGCGUCGGACUGGGUGGCAGUUCGGUGCCUGGCAAGGGCGGCCCAUCCAUCGGUCUGAGCGACAAACCCGAGUUCACAUGGACCACGAAGGUAGGCGAGAUGGCCGAGUGUGUCGAGGGUGUGCACCGAUUCACGUCAAAGGAGCGCGUGCGAUUGCUACAGAGUGCCGGUGUGAGCGAGGGCAUGAUCCUGCGAUUCUCGCGGGAAGCCAACAUCAUCAACUCCUCGCGCAGGAGGACACUCGUGGAGGACAUUGCUGAGCGCAAAAAGGCCAAGAAGCAACGUCGGCAGCAACAGCAGUGCAACAUUGAAUCACCUCGACCCGCCUGCUCAUCCCCAUUCCUCAACCGUCCGCACAUGAUCCCGGUCAACUACGUGUGA